GGAGGGAAAGUUCUGAGCUGGAUUGGUGGGAGCCUUGGGAGCCCUUGUGCCUGGCUGGCUGGUGGCCCAGGGACAGAGGUGGAGUAGGACAGGGGCAGAGGGCAGUGAAGACCUGUCUGUCCUGCUCCGGGGAGGAGAUGGGCCUGGCCUUUGGAGUCCUGCUGACCUCUACACAGAAGCUGCGGGCUGUGACUCACGGCUGACUUAUCAGAUCCUUGUCAGGUAUCAGUCCCACGUACCACAGCAUCUGCUUCCUGUUCUACGCCUUCAACACUAGUGCUACCUGUGCUGUGCCGUACAGUAACAGAAACCCUACAAUGGCUAUGGAAGUGACUGCUCAGCUGGCUGAACAUCCGCUGCCGAGUCCCAGACUCUCUAGAGACGAAUCAAGACUGGAGCAGGAAACUCUGGGGGCCAACCAGCGAAGUCCUCAGAGAGUCCAGGGGCAGCAUGCCCUGCUUAGCAUAUCCAGAGUCCACCUGUAUUCCUGCAGAGGGGCUCUUUCCAGCCAGGGCCACCAGAAGGGAGUGCAAAAAGCCACCGGGCAGGUGGUGCCACCGGGCCCUAGGGCAAGAGUAGCCCACCACUGCAUCCUUGCUCGAGCAGACUGGCCUCUACCUCUUCCUCCAGGUCCCAAGGCUGAGCUGAAACCUGAGAAGAAAGGCCCCCGGCCCCAGAGCCAGGGGGAUGGAGGGCCCCAAAGAGAGCUGGUGAUCCCAGGCGUUGUGGAUUUUGAGCUGACCCCAGAGCCGGUGACAACCUCCAAGCCCCAAACCCCUGGCUCCUACCGUUUUGGCCGGCUGAGCCACCACUCCUUCUUCUCCCGACACCACCCUCAUCCCCAGCAUGUGACUCACAUCCAAGAUCUCACUGGGAAGCCUGUUUGUGUCGUCAGAGACGAGUUCUCUCAGAUGCCCUUGCCCGAGUCCAUGCCCUUAUCUCACUGUCUGCUGGGGAUGCCCACCAUCUCUGCUCCCAUUGGAGACCCCCAGUCCAACCGGAACCCCCAGCUUCCUUCUGAGGCCUGGAAGAAGGAGCUGAAGGAGCUGUCUUCCCGGGUGGCCACCUUCAGCAAGGAGAAUGAGCUGAAGACCAAAGAGCAGAAGGAAGAGCCUCUGCGGGAACAGGGGGCCAUGUAUUCGGCUGACACUGGGAGGCUCAUCCCGGCUUCCGUGCGUGCUGUUGGCCGUCGCAGCUCCCGCCAGCGGAUUCGCCCUGUGGGCAGAGAUGGAGGACAGAGCUUCCUCCUGCAGGAUCAGGAUCUGCUGGUCCUGGAGCUGCUUUGUCAGAUCUUGCAGACAGACUCACUGAGCGCUAUCCAGUUCUGGCUGCUCUACGCUUCCCCCAAGGAGAAAGACCUGGCUCUAGGACUGCUGCAGACGGCAGUGGCCCAGCUCCUCCCUCAGCCUUUGGUCUCCAUUCCGGCAGAAAAACUGCUGCACCAGCUGCAAGAAGUCCAGGAGCCACCACCUCAGGAGAAGCAGCAGCUGCCGCACUCCAGUCAGUCUUUAAAGAAGAUGAAGACGCCACCUCUACCAAAAAGUGCAAAGCCAGAGUACAUCGGGAAAGCCCAAGUCCUGCGGAUGCACUCAAGCAUGGGCCCGGAAGAAAAGGUGGCAGAGGCAAAGGCAGGGAGCUGAGAAACACGGGACUGAACAAGGCCCCGUGGCCUGCCUGGCACCAAGGCAGCUCCCAGGUUUGGGAGAACUUCACCCCCUACCACUUCAACAGCAGCUCCUAAUUGCCUAAGCACAGUCUACCCAAUAAAAGUUGGCCUUCCCCUGGGGAGGACGGCUCCAUUCUCCCAACA